AUGGUCAAAAAAGUCCUGGUUAUCGCCGGAUCCGACAGUUCGGGAGGCGCAGGUCUCGAAGCUGAUCAACGAGUUCUGACUGCGCACGGAUGUUACGCCCUCACGGCGACGACGGGUCUCACGGCGCAAAACACUCUGGGCGUGCAGGACAUUUUUGUCGUCCCGGCAGAGUUCGUGAAGAAACAGAUCAAUGCGGGCUUGGAAGAUGUUGGGGCUGACGUGGUGAAGCUGGGAAUGCUUUCGUCUACAGAGACUAUCCAUGUCAUUGCGGAGGCGUUGGAAUCGCACAAGGUGCCUGCGGUGGUGUUGGAUCCGGUCAUGGUAUCCACGAGCGGAUCGCAACUAUUACCGGAAGCAGCCGUCAAGGAGCUGCGCACCAGAUUGCUCCCUAUGACGACCGUCGUUACUCCCAACAUCCCCGAAGCAAAACUCCUACUGAAAGACGCCGGAAAGGACGCCCCAGAACCAGAAGGUCUUCCCUCGUUAAUACAACUCGCAAAACAGAUCAGCGCCUUAGGACCGAGGGCGGUUCUGCUCAAGGGUGGACAUCUGGCCCUGACAAGGGACCAUAAGAUUGCUCGUGACCAACGUGAAGCCUCGUUGGUGGUUGAUGUCCUCUAUGACGGCAAGGAUGUUACUCUUUUCGAGACGGACUAUCAGGUAUCAAAGAACACACACGGCACUGGUUGUUCCCUGGCGUCUGCCAUUGCAGCGAACCUGGCCCUGGGCAAAACUUUGAAGCGGGCUAUUCGAAGCGCUGUGCGGUUUGUGGAGGCAGGGAUUAAAACCAGCACUGAUUUGGGGAAAGGGAGUGGGCCAAUCAAUCAUUUCCAUUCGUUUUAUAGUCUGCCUUUUGCGCCGGGCCGAUUUCUGGAAUAUGUAUUUGACCGCGAUGAUGUUCGUCCUGUAUGGAAACAUUUUACAGAGCAUGCCUUCGUGCAGGGUAUAGCGAAUGGCUCGCUUCCCGAGGCACGAUUCAAGCAUUACCUCGUGCAAGAUUAUCUCUACCUGGUUCAUUUUGCCCGGAGCAAUGCACUGGCGUCGUACAAGGGGAAGAGCAUGGAGUCUAUUGCAGCGUCUGCCCGGAUUGUAUUGCACAUUGAGCGCGAGAUGGCAUUGCACCUGGACUACUGUGCCUCUUUUGGACUGUCGAAGCAAGAUAUGGAGAGCUUCCCUGAGACGAUUGCAUGCACGGGAUACAGUAGAUAUAUUCUCGAUGUAGGUCAAUCAGAAGAUUGGCUCGCAUUACAGAUGGCGCUGGCCCCUUGCUUGAUUGGAUACGGCGCCAUUGCUAAGAGACUCUAUACAGAGGAGCAGACUCUCCGCGAAGGAAACCGAUACUGGAAGUGGAUUGAGAACUAUGUCGCGGAAGACUACACGGAGGCAGUCCAGUUAGGAUCUGAACUGCUGGAGUUACACAUGCGAAAGAUCUCGCCAAACCGGGUGGAAGAACUCAUCAAGAUCUUCAUACGAGCAACAGAAUUAGAAUGCAGCUUCUGGGAUAUGGGAUUGGGCCAUCAAGUAUAG